AUGGCUUUUAUGGUGUUCGCUAACGUCUACGCGUCGAUUGCAAUGUCCAAGGUGAUGCUGCUUGCGCCGUCGACUGUGGUGACGUUCGGUGACCUUGGCGAAUGGGCCGUGGGCAAGACUGGUCGCUGGCUAUGCACAGGCUCCCAAAUCAUUUCGUGUGUCUUGAUUCCGUGCGUCUUCCUGGUACUCGGCGGUGGAUUGCUGGACGGGAUGUUCCCAGGUGCGUUCAGUCCGACGGUGUGGAUUAUCCUGAUGGCUACGAUGGUGCUGCCGUUGUGUCUCGUUCCGACGCUGAAAGAAGGUUCCGGUGUUGCGUUUGCCGGCUGCGUGGGAACACUUGUAGCUGACGUGAUCGGCGUUGCAGUUGUGAUGCACGGUAUGCGUGGCCAUCCUAGUGGUUCGGAGACGAAAGUCAGCUUCUCACAGGUGGCCGGCACGUUCGGCAACCUCGCUCUCAGCUACGGCGCCGGUAUCAUCAUCCCCGACUUGCAGCGCGAGCACAGCGAGCCGCAACGCAUGCCUCGAGUUAUCACCUUCACCAUGGUGAUCAUCUCGGUCCUGUUCGUCGUGCUCUCCGUCCACAGGCCUCACGUCGCUGGGUUUUGGGGCGCCGUCGUGCUCGCCUACAUGGCGAUGCAGCUCCAUAUCACCACAGCCUUCUCUGUCCUCAUCAACCCGGCGUUUUACAUGGCGGAGUUUGUGAAUCUUGGCAUGCACAGACAGCGCAAGUCGACUGAUGUCGAGAACGGACUCGAGUACGCUGAGUCCACGACCCCAGCGGAUGAGAUCAUGAAACAGGCGAACGUCGUGGCCGACCACAAGUGUCAUUGCACAUGUCACGGUGAGACUGACGCCGAGACGACCGAGUACCGCGGCGCCAACGCCAUCAAGUACAUCGUACUGCGUACCUGCAUCACCGUGAUCCUCGUUGUGUUGUCCAUCCUGUUUAAGGACCACUUCUCCGAUUUUGCUGAUUUCGUGGGCUCGUCGUCGUUGACCAUGAGCUGCAUUCUGCUGCCGGUAACUUUCUACCUGAUCAAGGCUUGGAACAACAUUCCCAAGGUGGAGAAGAUUGCUGCCAUUGUCGUAUUUGUGGUUUGCCUCGUUUUCGGCUCUUCCUUAUUGGCAUCUGUCACGGGAAUGUCUUUGCCUCCUGCUUUGAGUUCCUCUGUGAUGAUGGAUCCGUCAUUUCCCUGUCGUUGA